UGAACGCUGCGUUUUGAGGAGCUGCCUGUGUCCUCCGCUCCAGCAGGGGGCGCCACGGGCACGUGCUCGAGCUCGUUAGAAUUCAGUGAUUUUUAUCAGGCUCCCUGUCAACCUGGAGUAAGUCAGCUGCAGCGUGAGUGGGUUUGUUUGUGGGUAAUCUGCGAAACCGUACGCCUUUCGUUAGGUGAAAAUGCAUCCAGUCCGGGUGUCGAUUCCGUCGUUUCGCUCGGAGCACAACUCGAUAGAGAAAGGAUUCACGGUCUUUAAAAUUGACGUGCUGAUGAACGGGAGGCUGCACACUAUUGAGAAGCGCUACAGCGAAUUCCACGCUUUGCACAAAAUGCUAAAGAAGAGCAUAAAGCCACCUGAAAUCCCCUCAAAACAUGUCAGAAACUGGGUUCCUAAAGUCCUGGAACACAGAAGGCAGGGCUUGGAAUUCUACCUGCAGACUAUAAUUAUGGAAAACGAGGUUCUUCCAAAGAUAUUCCUGGAUUUCCUGAACCUACGCCAUUUUCCUUCGGUGCCAAAAACAGAAAGCUGUGGGUCCUUCGACACAGAAUCGGUAGAGUCAAGUAAGCUCUCCCAUCAGCCGGUCAUGCUGUUUCUGAGAGACCCCUACCUCCUGCCGCCUGCCCACGACGUGUUGGCCAAUGUUGUGAUCGAAGGCGUGGUCAAUGGAGUUUUCUACCCAGACCUUCAGCCGAGAUAGAGCCGCCGAGAGGGAAGUGAAGGACACGUCUCCACAAACUGAUGUCAUGCGCUCACCCACGUCCAGGUGUGCGCAAGAUAUUCUGAGCCUCGUUUCUACUACCUAAAGCAUCUAAAAAAAAAACUAACUUUAUUUAAGGAAAAGAGGUCCGAUAUAUCUUGACACGAAUCACCACAUUUUACAGCACGCACACUAACUCGUACAUCGUAACUCACAUGAAACAAAAUGUGAAGCUGUUUUUAAGGCAUGAUUUCAUUAUUUCGAGAGAAAUGGAGCCAAAAACUAUCGUAAACAGGAAAGUAAUUAGAUAAAUCUACUUAGAAGGUGAUCUUCUGACAGAAGCUCGACAGAGGGCUCAGCAGUCAUGUGAGGAGGAACUGAGGGAUGUGCAGUAGAGAGGAGAAGGUGGUGACUACUGGAGCACAAGCUCUCUUUACCAGAGACGGAGGAUGGAGCAAUUUCAGGAGGACAAAGGGAGAGACAGGAGCCUGGUGGGUUCUGUGGAGCUGGCUGGCAAACUGAGAGGUGCCACUCCCUCUGCGGCAUCUUUCAUGUGGUUUCUUUUUAUUUGUUUUUAGCUGCUACAUAGCGCCAGCUGAGGGAGUGUUCUGGGACAAAGUCAGUGGAAAUCUUUUAUUUUUCAGCUUUUAAAAAAAAAAAAAAAAGGGAUUGAAGAAGCCAAAAGUGGUUCUACGUGGCUCUGAUUUGGACCUUUGUCAAAGAGCAGGAUAGUCUGCCAGAAAGUACUGUUGUGUGUGUGUGUGUGUGUGAUGGUGGUGGUCACUGGACUACCAGAUCAGCUGCUUGGGUCUGUAAGGUGAUGAGCUUGAGGUUUUUGGCCAAAAUGGC